UGUGCCCGUGUGCCUCCUGGCGUCCUAUCCAGGCAUCGAACCAAGCGCUUGACGUUCUGCGUGUGUGUGGUUUGUGCGGGACGUGUAACGUAGCAGCGGUAGGUACGCGUCGCAGCAGCAGGGAGCCUGUAAGUGAAGCCCGUCAUCAGGAUCCACGACUGGCGUACUCGGCACGAAGCAGCAAGCGUUCGUCCAGCAGCGGAUUCGCGCCCUGCCCCAUCCCGUGCAUUGCAUUAGAUGGCGGGGGACCCGGAGGAAUCGACAGUGAACUGCGUCGACGCUUGGGUGGCCAAGCUUCUGGAUGGGAAGACCUUGGCUGAGAGUGAGGUAGUGCAACUCUGCAAUAAGGCCCGGGAUGUGCUGUUGGAGGAGUCUAACGUGCAGCCGGUGCGGUGUCCGGUGACGGUGUGCGGAGACGUGCACGGGCAGUUUCAUGACCUGAUGGAGCUAUUCCGGAUAGGCGGCAAGGCUCCGGACACCAACUAUUUGUUUAUGGGUGACUACGUCGACAGGGGUUACUACUCGGUGGAGACGGUGACGUUACUGGUAGCGCUCAAAGUGCGAUACCCCGACCGUCUGUACAUUCUGAGGGGGAACCACGAGAGCAGGCAAAUCACACAAGUGUACGGGUUUUACGACGAAUGUGUCCGGAAGUACGGCAACGCCACCGUGUGGAAGAUGUUCACGGAUGUGUUCGACUACUUGCCGCUCACGGCUCUGGUGGACGACCAGAUUUUUUGUCUGCACGGCGGAUUGUCGCCUUCAAUCGAAACGCUGGACCACAUCCGUGCGCUGGACAGGGUGCAGGAGGUUCCGCACGAGGGCCCCAUGUGCGACCUGCUGUGGUCAGACCCCGACGACCGGUAUGGUUGGGGAAUCUCGCCGAGAGGGGCAGGAUACACGUUUGGGCAAGACAUUUCGGAGCAGUACAACCACACGAACGGGUUAUCGCUCGUGUCUAGGGCGCACCAGUUGGUCAUGGAUGGUUAUAACUGGUCACACGGGAUGAGCGUGGUGACGAUAUUCAGCGCUCCAAAUUACUGCUAUCGGUGCGGGAACCAGGCAGCCAUCAUGGAGAUCGACGAACACUUCAACAAAACCUUCCUGCAGUUCGACCCUGCCCCACGGAGAGGAGAACCCCACGUCACCCGCCGCACCCCAGACUACUUUCUGUAGCUGCGUAAGUGUUACCACCGUGAACGUGUGGGAGUGGAUGAUCGAAGCAGCGAUUUAGAGAAACAGGGCUUGGGGCGAUGUGUCUUGUAUGUGUCUUGUCUUGGUGAGUUCCAAGAGAUUUUAUAGUGAUGAUAAUGAUUCAGCCACGGGCAACGGAUUUUUCCCGAGGUAGGAUAGGAGCGUUCAUGGACGAUAGAUAAACGUGGGAUGGUGCCGUAGAACACGAGUUUUGUUUCUGCAGCACCGCCCAUCGCCAAUGUACCGGUGUUUUCGCAUGUCACUCGUUCGUUUCGUCCACAAGAGGUAGGAUUCACGUGACGGACCGUGAUGGCGAGUUUUUAAGAGGGGCGCACUCUGGCGUCAGCGUAUAGCGGAUUAGGUGUCAAGUUAAGUUUGUGUUUAACGCCACCAGUGUUGAGGGAUUUGGAGUAGUAAGUAGCGAUGAGCGAGGCACUUGCAGUUAAAUGUUGAUUUUCAUGAGAUUCACCUGAGAAGGUGGGAGCUCAAUGCAAGUUGUGAUUCUGCAGCAACCUCGAACUUGGGAUAAGCCCACGAGCACGCGCGGUUUUGGUAUGUUUUGUCUACUGGCGCGAGUGUGUGCUUGUGGUGCAAGCUUUGUGAGCAAGCUUUGGAGUCGAAACUCCGCCGUAAGCCGUAAGCUGCGAACAAGGCUGUGAGGAAGAUGAGGACAUUUUGAGUCUGG